AUGUCUGAAAUCAAAGCUUUCAUCGUACUGGGGGCCACUGGCCGCCAAGGUAGUGCCGUUGUCGACGCAUUGUUAACGCAUGCCGAAUUCAAGAUUCUUCCAACUCAAGUUUACGCAAUCACUCGACAGGCGGCCGGAAUCGCUGCUGAUCGCCUAUUAGAGAAGUUCCGUGGAAUCAACAUUAUAAUUGGGGAUUUGGGCAACCCCAAUGCCAUCUUCGAACAACUCAACCAAGAAACGUUGAACGGAAAGGCAUUUAUCGACGCCGCAGUGGCCCACGGCAUACCUUACUUCGUGUAUUCAUCUGUGGACCGUGGUGGACGCGAACUGAGCGACGAGGACCCCUCACACUGCAAGACAUUUUCAGACAAGUUCUACAUUGAACGGCACCUUAAAAAUGCCUGUAGUUCUAAAGAGGGCGAAACGCAUAAUAUGGACUAUACUAUCAUUCGCCCAACUUGGUUUGCUGACAAUGCCUGGUGGGGAUUUCCCGGCCAACUGUGCAUGACUGGAUGGAGAGAUAACCUGGGAGGGAAGACAUUGCAAGUUACAGUCACCAAAGACAUUGGCAGAUGGGCAGUCAAGGGUCUGGUCAGGCCCAAGAGAACUGGCAUACGAAACCAAGCUCUCUCAAUUGCAAGCGAUGAGAUGAGUUUCGACCAGGUUGAAGCGGCCUUCAUAAAGCAUACAGGCAGGGGUGUUCCGGUAACAACAGGGCUUUUGGCAAGAGGAAUCAUCUGGCUGGUCAACAAUAACCCGUUGAUAACAACAAUAGGGUAA